AUGGAAAACAGUGAGAAAAAUAUGGAUGGAGGUGAAGAUUCAAAGAAGGGCCCUAUUCCCUCCAAAAAUAAUAAAAGACAAGGUCUCAGCAAAAGUAAAAAUAAGUUUAGUGAUAAUAAAAAAACCACUAAUCAAAUAGGAAAUUCUAAGAAUAAUAAUAACAGGCAUCAGAAAAAGGAGAAUUCUGGCAAUGGAUCUUAUAGAAAUAAAAAUUAUCAACGUUCUGGCUCUGGUCAAGAAUUUAAUCUAGACAAUGAUGAUUAUGACUGGGAUGCCUCAAUUCAACAAGAAUUAGAGCAUGGUAAUUUUAAACUAAGAGGUAGAAAAGCCCGAGUUUCAAUUGAUCAUUUGUUGGAUUUCCAUUUACCAGAGCAUGAUCAAGUCUAUACUAAACAUAAUAAGGGGUCUGGUAGAGGAACAAGGUCACGUCGUAAUAAAUUUGAAAAUGAUGAACAUAUCCAUCUUCAUGGAGAUUCGUAUGUCAAUGCUACCUAUAAAUUAUUAGUAGAUGGCAGCUAUGAUUAUUCAGAACAAAAAUUAGAUCCAAAUAUACCAAUCCCCCAAGAAAAGAUAGUUAGAGUUGUUAUUCCUAAGGGACAAAAUUGUCCUAUUUGUUUAACUGACGAACCAGUUGCUCCUCAUAUGGUUACUUGUGGUCAUAUCUUUUGUUUGAGUUGUCUAAUUACUUUUUUCGCCCAGGAGGAAGUUAUCAAGAACAAAGACACUGGAUAUGUUAAACCCAAAAAAUAUAAGGAUUGUCCAUUAUGUGGAAGUAUAAUUCGUCAAAAAAACAUUAAGGCAGCCAUUUUCCAAAAAGAUUCCGAUUAUGCGAAUGGCACAGAUACUGUUAUGUUACCUGGAAAGGAAGUUACUUUUGAAUUAGUCUGCAGGCCACACGGCUCUAUGCUACCUCUACCAGUUAAAUUAGGUCUUGACCCUGUUAAAGUGGGAGAUUUCCCCCCCGUUAAUUUUGAGCAAUUAAUACCUUAUGCACGUAUUAUGAAAUGUAAUAGAUCAUAUUCACUUCAAUUGUUGCAAGAUGAUUUGGAAGCUAUUCAAAAUCAAUUAGAUAUCGACAAAGCUCUUUAUAAUGAUAACGGUAAGGCAGCUAAUGCCGCUAUUGAAGAUAUUAACGAAAGAAUUAUGCUAAUUCUAACAGAAGAAGAAUCAUCUCCGGAAUCUCAACUAUCAACAUCCCAUAUUGAGAAAAAGCUACAGACACUAAAUCUUGAUGGUACUACUAAUUUAAAGGAUACUUAUGAUGAAGCAUCUGCAUAUUUUUUUUUCCAAACCUCAUUUCAAUCCUCAAUUAAAUUUUUUCUAUCUCCACUGGAUGUUAAAAUAUUAUUGGCCGCAUUUAAUAGUUAUUCAAAAUGUCCAAAUAUAUUAAAAGUAAAAAUUGAAAACAUUCAUUAUGGUACAGUUGCUACAGAAAAGUUAAUCUAUCGUUAUAAAUAUAUCAGUCAUUUACCAUUAGGAACUGAAAUAGCGUAUGUCGAUAUUGAUUGGAGAAACAAUGAAAUUCUACCAAAAGAAGUAUACAAACAAUUUGCUAAUGAAUUGAAACAACGUCAUCGGCAAUUUACCAUUAAGAUGCAAAGAGAAGAUAACGAGAAGAAAAAAUAUCAAACUAAAUUGGAGCAAGAGCAAGCAGAAUUUUACAAGAGAGAAAAUAGCUCUAUGCCAUUAUUCGAUGAAACGGCUUCACGAAGUUCUUUAAAUACUUCAGAUAUCAUCUUAGAUUCCUUAUUAUCACAGGGCCCUAGAAAGAGCUCAACAUCAACGUCCAAGUCAACAAAAGCUUCAUCAACUCCCAUCAGAUCCAGAAAAGAAAAUACUAUCUGGGGCACAUCUAUCUCGGUAGUUCAAAAUGAAAAGCAAUAUCAAGAAGAAAAAGAAUUUGAAGAUAUGCUUUUGAAGAGAAUACAAGGUACUAACCAAACUGUACCACUAAAUACUGAUAUGGAUUCACUUGAGUCCACGGCUUCGAAAGAUUCUAACCAACCACUGCAAGCUGGCAAGAAAGGUAAGAAGAAGAAAGAAAAAAUCAUUUUAUUUAGUAAUGGUCAACGAACUUUCUAG